GCAUCCGGGCCUUUUGCCUUCUCUCCCUCUUCCCAACAUGGCGGCCUCAGCUAAGAAGAAGAACAAGAAGGGGAAGACCCUGACUCUGACGGACUUUCUGGCAGAGGAUGGUGGAACCUUCGUUCCGAAACCAGUCAGCUGGGCAGAUGAGACAGAUGACCUGGAAGGAGAUGUUUCGACCACCUGGCAUAGCAAUGAUGACGAUGUGUACCGAGCCCCUCCAAUUGAUCGUUCCAUCCUGCCUACUGCACCUCGGGCAGCUCGGGAGCCCAAUAUUGACAGAAGCCGUCUCCCAAAGUCACCCCCUUACACUGCCUUUCUGGGAAACUUACCCUAUGAUGUAACGGAAGAGUCCAUCAAGGACUUCUUCAGAGGACUUAAUAUAAGUGCUGUUCGUUUGCCACGAGAGCCUAGUAAUCCAGACAGGUUAAAAGGAUUUGGAUAUGCUGAAUUUGAGGACCUAGAGUCCUUGCUCCAUGCAUUGAGCCUCAAUGAAGAGUCUCUAGGGAACAGGAGAAUACGAGUGGAUGUUGCUGAUCAAGCUCAGGAUAAAGACAGGGAUGAUCGCUCCUUUGGAAGAGAUCGUGAUCGCAACCGGGAUUCAGAGAGAUUUGAGUCAGACUGGAGGGCUCGUCCUGCCACAGAUAGCUUUGAUGACUACCCUCCCCGUAGGAGCGAGGAUAGUUAUGGGGACAGGUAUCGUGACCGUGAUCGCUAUGAUUCAGAUCGGUACCGUGAUGGUCCCCGAAGAGACAUGGACCGUUUUGGGGGCAGAGAUCGUUAUGAUGACCGUAGAGAAUAUGAUAGAGGAGGUUACGACUCAAGGUCAGGCAGUGGCAGAAGAGCCUUUGGCAGCGGUUACCGUCGGGAUGAUGAUUACAGGGGUGGUGGUGACCGCUAUGAGGAUCGUUAUGAUAGGCGGGAUGAUCGGAUGGAUAGGUGGAGCAGCUCACGGGAUGACUAUUCUAGGGAUGACAGCCGGCGGGAUGAGAGAGGCCCCACUCAAAGGCCAAAACUGAAUCUGAAACCAAGGAGCACACCCAAGGAUGAAGACACAUCUGUAGCUCCUGCAACUCAGUCUAGCCGUGCAGCUUCCAUCUUUGGGGGAGCCAAGCCUGUGGAUACCGCUGCAAGGGAGCGUGAAGUAGAGGAGAGGCUACAGAAAGAGCAAGAGAAGCUGCAGCGCCAGCUGGAAGAUGAUAAGCCCAGGCUAGAACGAAGGCCUCGUGAACGACACCCCAGCUGGCGUAGUGAAGAUAAUCAAGAACGGUCACGGACAGGGAGUGAGUCCUCACAGACCAGCAGUUCAAACCCUUCUGUGGGAACAGGCCCAACAGGAAGAACUACACGAAGGAGGGAAAGUGAGAAAUCAUUGGAAAAUGAAAGCAUCAGCAAAGAAGAUGAAGGUUUAUCUCCCACAUCUAAGAGUCCCAGGGAAGAGAAGCUUCCUCUGAAAGUGAUGCCAGCUCCUCCACCGAAAGAAAACGCCUGGGUGAAACGCAGCAAUUCACACCCAGCACGCUCACAGAGCUCCGACUCAGAUCAGCAUUCCCCUACAAGUGGCAGCCGGGCUGUGCCAUCCCUACCAUCAGAAGAUGGAGUGCCCCCUAAGAACACCCCAAGGAAAGGAGAUGAAAACAGACCUGAUGGGGGACAAGAGAGUGGUCCAAAAGGCCGAAAUGAGAGCCUUGGCCAUGGUCCUGGAGAUGGAGGCAGCAGAGACCAUUGGCAGGAUUCAGAAAGAAAAGAAAGCAAGAAGGAGCAUGACUUGAGAUCUGCACCUGAGCCAAAGACAUUCGAAGAGAACCCUACCCCUAAAUUUAGCUGUGCUAGCAAGUAUGCUGCUUUGUCGGUGGAUGGUGAUGAUGAAGCCGAGGGAGAUGAGUAUGCUGACUGAAUUCUCCAGCCCCUCCAUGUCAUCUCCUAACCGGUUGCCACCCAGGAACAUUCAGAGAGCAAAACCAAACUUUUAUUCAGACAAGACAGAAAAAUAAAAGCCUACAAGUCAACACACCCUUGGAGAGACCUUUCUUAAACCUUUCUUUAAAAAUAUGAAAAGUGAUACAGUUUCUCUUGCAUGCUGCUGCAGCCUUUAAAGUAUUGAACUAACUGGAGAAAUCCCUGCAAAAAAAAGUGUAGCAGGAGCAGAAAUGGCAGGUGUCUUUACGCAAAAACAAAGCAAAAGGAAUAGGCCCAGUGUGUGUCUCAAAUGUGACUCCUCAGUUUUUGAUCACAUCCAGAGCCCAUGUCUCUCCCUUUAACAAGUUAGUGCUUUAGCAGGCAGGUGCAUGUGAGUUUGUGCACUGGGGACUUGGGCAGCUAGGAACUGUCUCUUUCCCUCUUGCCUGCUUAAGUGUCUUCUGGAGUGUAAUGCAAAAUUAAUAUUCUUGAAUUGCAGCAAUGGGGAAGGAGAGCAGUCUUGUCUUAAUGGCCAGAGGAAGGCUUCCAAAGUAGAGAGUUGCAUCUCUGUGCAACAAGUAACCCCUGAGCUUAGAUGCAAGCUUUUCCCUUUAGUUGGAAUGCAGUAGGUGCAUUGUCCAGCUGUCUUUAAUAUCCUGCGGACGUGGGGACUUCCCGACAGCACUAAGGCUGAGCAGUGGGGCUUUGUUCCUCUUGCCAGCCUCAGAGCUGAUCCAGUGUUGUAUCUCCACCAUUUUCCAACUUGUGGACUGCUGACGAUUGUCUCUUUGUAGAAAGCUACUUUCUACAUGGUUCAAUUAACAUGGGCAGACACUUUCCACAGCAGUGGUUGCUGGCCCUUUGCAAUGCUGGGUGGAGACUGCUGUUACAUUGAACCACUCAGAGUAACUUUUUAUAUGUCACAGUCUCCACCAUAUGAAAUUGGCACUUGAAAACUUCCCUGCAGGGAGCUGCAAUAUAUAAAGGAACUGCUGGAUUUAUGGAAAGCAAUAGUUGAGAGAAGUUUCUGGAGACUAGUAAGUUUCCUUGGAGUUUUUUCUAUCCCUUCCCCAUCUGGCCCCUGUUAAUCACUGAGGUUCCACCACAGACAUUGUCACAAAUUUAAAUAGCACCCUUUUUAGUAUUGGGCACUGUUUAAAGUUAGCAAGAGUAAUUGAAGGUCUGGCUGGGCAUCUUUCACUGUUGCAUCAUGUUACUGCUCAACUUCCAUCCUCCAGCUUGGGCAAGUUGGGUGCACAGUAUGGCUGGCAAAUUUUCUUCAGCUCUUACGUAAAGGGUUGACUUCUAGCCCCCAGAUUUUCCUUUAAAUAUAAUGCCUACCAGCACCCCGCACCAUUAAAGGCUGUACUCUGGCAGAAAUCCCAUCCAUCUGUUGUCAUUAAUGGGGAGGGGAAAUAUAAAUCGUAGCACAGUGGAACUCUGAACUAACACAAGAUGUUAAUAGCCGAGUCUCAAAAGCAUGCUUCCAUGGAGACCAUCUGGCUAGAAGGAGUGGUUAGCUUUAUGAAGCGUGCAUACACUCACCAAGGAGCUGUCACAUUUUGGAUUGUUUGGGGAGGAGAACAGUAUGGCUUUGCUCUUGAAACAAACCCAGCUGAGGCAGAUGGAAGAUUUGGUGUGUUGUAAAGCUGCAGUGGUUGGUGUCUUGCUUCAGUAACUUUUAGCCACAGUUUAAGUCCUUUGAAAUUGAGAGAGAUUGGUAUGUCCCAUGGGCAGGAUGUAAAGGAUGGCAGGAGACCCUGCUGAGAGCAGAGAUGGAUUUGAAAUGCAAUAUUGCUUUGAGUCUAUGAAACACUGUGGGGGAUGGGACUAUAUUUGAGGUAAACUGCUAAUUUGCAUACUGCAGAAGCAUUUUCUUCCCUCCUCUUGCAUAUCUUGCUCGCUCGCUCUCUUUCUCUGUUAUCAGGACAGGUUCACAAGUGGAUUGAGGUGCAUUUUACACAUUCUGGAGACAUGUAAAAUUUGUACAAAAUAACUUCUAUGAAAAUGAUUUGUAAUCUGUGUGGACUUCCUGGGAGAUGUCUUUUAUUAUGUAAAAUUCCUCCUCCCUCCCCCUCCUGUUUUUUUUUCUCCAAAUAAAACUAAUCUUUAAAAUAA